AACAAAUAAAUUUACCACCAACUGUACCUCUGACAGCUUUGUCUCCCAUAACUUCUAUUACCGAUAAUAAUGAUACUACAUCGAUAACGCAAGACAGUCUGGAAUCACAUAAUGUAUCAACUUCAAGUGUAGUAAUUCCAAAUAUUCUAACAGAUCCACUUCAUAUAUCAUCAUCAUCUCCGAUAAAAGCUGUUGAUAAAAGUCUUUCUAUCCAAAGUCCUCUACAAACAUCUCCGAUACAACAAACAAUUCCUGAGACAACACAUACGUCAUCCGUGAAGGAAAUCCCCGUUAAAUUAGCUAUUAAUGAUUCCCCAACUAAACCCCCCUUUAUUAAAGACUUACCAACAACACAAGCAACUCAAUCAACUUCUUUACACAUCCCAAUUCCUGAUCCAUCGCUUGAGAAAAAGUUACCUGAUUUGCCAAAAGAUGCUACUGAAUCUUCUAUAGUUUCUCCAACUCCUGUAAUUUCACAUAGGAGAAGAACAAUCCCUAUUCAAUCCAAAAGAGAUUCAAUAAUACCUUCUCCAUUUCGCAAACAGGUUCCUGUAUAUACCACGAACAAUAAUAGCAAAGGUUCUGAAAACAUUCCAGGUUUAUUACCGCAAACGCCUCAAAUAUCUUCUUUAAAGUUUGAUGUACCAGAACUUGAUCCAUUAUCAAAAGUUGGCCAUUCGUCAAAUUUUGAUGAUUCUACAUUAGUAUCUUCAUUAAAGCGUGGCUUAUCUGAUCCAACAUCAAACACCUAUGCAUUACCAACUUUGAGUACUUCUUUGUCUAAUGAUAUAGAUUCUUGGAAACUUCAAGACGAAUCCCCAUCUACGUCGUCUAAUCCUAAUUCGUCAAAAUUGUCAGAAAAUGGAUUUAAUCAACCAUUUGGUGGGAACAUUGGUGAGAGCAUUGGUGUGAAAAAAUCUAAUAAUCCGUUAUUGUAUAAAGUAGUUGGUCAAAAGUCUGGCAAUAAAAAGAAAUCGCUGCCAUCAGUCCAAGACAGUUCGACUUAUAUAAUAGAAAUGCAAGAAACACAUAUGACAAAUGAUAAUACAAGUUCCGAAAAGAGUAAUCAACGGGGAUUACCUGCGAAAUCAAAUAGCACAACUCGAAAACCUGUACCAACUUCUUAUUCAUCAAGUUCCAAGAAGCUAAAAUCAUCAAACAAACUACCAAAUACAUUGACUGUCACUCUACGAAAUUCUGGAAAGUUUUACACUUAUACUUCAUCCGAUGAUUUAAAAUCGAUAUCAUCUGAACGUUCAAAACGAAAAUCUUUAAAACCUGUACAAGUCCCAAAAUCACCUUAUAAUUCUGUACGACCACAACGAAGUAUUUUAUCUCCAACUAGCACAUUAAAAAAAAAUCCUUUCCUUAAACAUAUUAAAACAAAAGAUCCUGGUGAUCAUAAUUUACCAGAAUAUACUUCAUCCAAAAGUAAAAUGUCAUUCAUGGUACCACAUAAUCUUGCAUCUGUAGAAUACAGAAAAAAUAAUCGUUCUAUGCCUGAUCUUACAGCACGUGCGAGACAUAACAAUUUCAACAGAGCUUUUCGAAGAAAUAAUGUGACCGUACCAGAUUUUACUCGAGAUGCUAAUGUGUUAUUUCAACAUGAUGCUGAUUUAAAUCCGUCAAAAAUAACAAAAUUUAGUAUUAAUUUAUUGGACGAAUCAGAAUCCAGUGAAUUAUUCAAAUCUGGUUCUCCAUGGAUACAUUUAUCCCAUUUGGAUGAAUAUAUUAAAAGUUUACCACCCACUGAAUUUUCUGAUCCAAAAGAUUUAAUGACUCAAGAAGAAUACGAAAAGUUUGUAAAAGAUUGUAAAUCUAAUAAACUCUCGGAAUUGAUAUUUCCUCCAAUGAAUCAAAUUCCAGAUGGUGCUUCACUAGAAGAUCUCGAAAAUAAUAUGCUUAAAAAACCAUCAACAUUUCUUGGAAUUCCAUUAAAUCAAGGAAGGCGAAAUGAUUGGUUAGAUGCUGCUAUUGAUGGUGUACUUGCUAUAGAAGGAGUCCUUGGAACUCAGACUUCACCAGAUAAAAUGACUAAAUUGGAAAUUAUUAGAGAUUUUUUUCAAUUUUUAACAAUUGUAUUGUCAUUUGGAAAUCCUGGAAUAUUUCAAAGUUGGGUAAAAAUAUUGUUGGAUACAAUUCCUAACUUGUUUAGUUUUAAUUUGGAUCGUGUAUUUGGAAAUGGAAUAGCUUUCUUUUUGGUAUAUUGUGUUAUUGCGCUUGGAGCUUUGUAUUGGUUUAGAUUGAUGACUAAAUGGGACCCUAAUGCUGAUACUGAGGGUCUUGAAUCAUCCCCAUGGAAUCUACGUCCCAAAACAAAUCGCCGUCAAAAUAUAAUAAUAACUUUUUUAUUAACAACCCUUUAUCUUCCAAUAUCAAAACUCUCAAUUGACGCUUUAGUUUGGGGUGACACAUUCUGGGCAAUACCAAAUCCAUAUAUUUAUAGCGAUGCGCCAGACUUUAGUUACCUCAAUAAUAUUACAGGCAAUAGAGACUUUAAUGAUUUUUGUUAUGUUACUAGCAUGAGAAAAGGUGAUUGGAACUUUUCACCAGUAAUUAUAGGCGUUGCAUUGGUAACACUUGCACUGUUGACUUUUUGGUUCCCUAUUGCUUUAAAAAGAUUAGUGGACAAGAAUUCACCUAAAGUUGAUGAAUACAAUGAAGUUGGUGAAAUAAUUGCAAAUAAAGGUGGUGAAUAUAGAAAGUUAUUGGAGAAAGAUAUUUGCCCUUAUAAUUUUUUGUAUAAUGUUUCAUUAAUAUCUAAAGACAAUUGUAUAUUCCGGAAUACACCACGAACCCGCAUAGAAUCAAUUCGUCAAGGUUUACAAAUUGUUCUCAUGGUUUUAUUAUUGCUUAUUCAUUGGAGAAAUGAACCAUACAUUUUUGCUUCACAAAAUGCUAGUGAAUACUGGACACGGUCUGGUUAUGUGAUCACUGCAAUCCUCGGAAUGAUUGUAAUAUUAAAAGUUGGUCCAUAUCAGUGGAUCUCCAUAUGUAUCAUAGUUAUUAAUUGUAUUGUUGGAAUAGCAGUGAUGUGGUAUAUACUUAAAGAGACAGGACCUUAUCAAAAUUUCGUAAAGAUUAUAAAGAAACGAUUGGAUUUUAGUAUCAAUAUAUAUUCACCUAAUUUAGAUUUUUCUAAGCAUAUUAAACGACGUAUAUGGCAAGAAACUUGGACUACACUGUUUUUAACUUCUGAAAAAUUUAAAAUGUCAAAAGAUAAGAUUGUAGCAUAUUCUCAAUCACCAUAUCGACCACCAUAUUUAUUAAAUUUUACAGGAAGUGUUGCAGAACGACAUGUUGAAAAUCUUAAAAUCAUAAGGCAAAUUGGAAUAAGACGUUAUACUGCUUCAUUAUCCCCUUUACCUAGUUCUUUAAUUGGAUUAAGGACAAAGAUAUUAAAUAAUUUUGUAGGUCCAGAUAUGUAUUAUGCACCGGAAUUUUUAAACGUUAAGAUAAAAACUUGUUUUGGUAAAGCAUACGUAGUACCAUUUCCAUUUAGUGUAGUAAUGUGUUAUGAUGAUGAUGAGAGUGUAAUUGUAUUAACACAGGAAUGGGAGAUUCAACGGUACGUGGAACAGAAUGAGAAUAAAGAAGUGAACCGAAGAAGAUUGGUUAGACAAAUGAUUAGAGCUUUGGAAGGAAAGAUUAUUCUCGGUCCUUGUAGUGAUAAAGGAGAAAAAAAUCAUAAUCUUGAAGGAUACGAUAAAGCACCAAAAAAUUUCUUUGGCGUUUCAUCGGAGUCUGAAGUUCAUUAUCAUUUAGGUCUUCUCCAAAUAAGACGUAAUCAAUUAUCAACAUGGAAUAAUCAUAAUAUGAAUUCCGGAUUCGAAGUCACCAUCAUGUAUACGAACGCAUUUCAUUCUGGUACUGAUCAUGAACGAACAGUUGGUCAUAAUAUUAUUGGAAUCACACAUGAUUUUCAGAUGACACCACAACUUGAACGAUUGUUUACAGAUAACUACAAGGUCGUGUCACAAGGUUUGGAACAGAUUCAAUCGAUAAUGCAACAAUAUAGAAACUACUAUAGAGUUGAAGCUAUUCAAAAAGAAGAAACUUUGACAUAUGGAUUCUUCAUAAAUAUAUAUAAUAAUCCUUCAAUACCAUUGGAGACACUACCUACUUUAUUAAUGACCACUGAAACAAAUCCACAAAUUCAAGAAAUACCAGUAACCGAUUAUCCAACACUCGUUUAUUUAUAUGAAAGAAUGAGAGUAGUGAAUUUAUCAAGAGCUCAUCAAUGGUGGUAUUUAUUUUGGGAAGAUCUCUGGAGAAAAAAUAAUCAAGAGAUUGAAGAAUUAAGAAAAUAUGCACAGGAUUUUUCACCUGCAUAUAGAACUAGUUUAUGUUAUAGGCCGAUGGCUAGAUUAGAUCUGGAAAAGUUUUUGAAAAAUCGUGGAAUUUGGAAAAACGAUGGGCGAAAUGGGUUUUUACACAGUGGAGUUUUAAAUAGGAUUUAUUUGUAUUUGAAUAAUGUUGUAUUCGUACGGCAAUCCGGUUCUAAAUGGACCAAUAAAAGUGAUGGCGAAAUAAUG